AUAUCCAUGCUCAUCAACGGAGUAAAGUUUGCUUGUACGACAUGUAUCAAGGGUCAUCGAGCAUCCAAUUGUAAACAUACUGAUCGUCCUUUAUUUGAAAUCAGGAAAAAAGGAAGACCUGUGAGUCAAUGUCCACUUUGUAGAGAUCUUCGGAAAACAAAGCAAUUACAUAUCAAAUGUAUCUGUAACAAAAAGAGUAAAGGUAAUCAUGAUGAUAUGAUGGUCGAUUAUAUGUGA